GUCUGAGCAGUCCAAAAUCACCUAGCGAGAGUUUCAAAGGGACAAGAAGCCCCCGGGAUUUUGUCGUCUUUUACCUGAAAGAGGGGCCAACGACUAAAUAUGAAGAGGCAAAUGUUGUAUAGUAUAAUACUUUCAAAUGUCAAUUAUAAAGUCUUAGCCCAAUGGAUAUGCUGUUCGGAAUGAGCCAUGCUAGCUUGCUAAGGGUUGUGGUUGGUUCGCAGCAGCUGCUAGCGGAGGUCUCGGCGCCUUCUUAGCUGAAUGAAGAAGAUGUCUGGCUUCACCUGGUCUGUGGUGGUCCUCACCUGUCAACACAAAGACAGCGUGUACGCCUUCCAGAGAGAGCUGGAGCUAAGGCAGCAGCGUGGUUCCUUGUGUCACAGUACCUUGGUUCUCACUGUGCAGGACCAUCAAGAGCCCUUGGGCAGUGGGGGAGCGACGCUUAACGCCCUGCUGGUGGCGGCCGAACACCUGAGCAGCCGAGCAGGACACACUGUGGUGACAGCUGACGUGCUGGAUGAAUCUCACAUCCUCAUCCUCCACACUGGUCGGGAUUUUCCUUGGAGUUCAUGCAGCCGAGCCUUCUCCUGGCUGCCGCUGGAGAAAUCUGCUCAGAAGGUCCAGGCGCCGGUCUGCUGUCUGGACCUGCUGCUUGACUGCCUCACAAACCAGGUGUGUCCUGGUUCUCCUCCUGGCGUUUGGGUUUGCAGCACCGACAUGAUUCUCAGCAUCCCCCCAGACUUUAAGUUGUCCUGGGACAGCUUUUCUGGUGUCCGUGCUCUGGCGCUCCCUGGCAAUGUGUCCUAUGCUGUCAAUCAUGGAGUCUACUUGUGUGACCAGCAGGGUCACAUCAGGGACAUCAUUUACAAGGGAAGCAAGGAGCAGAUCCAGCAAGCAGUAAUGCAUGAUGGAAACGUGCCUCUGGUGUCAGGUCCAGUCUUCUUCAGCAGAAUGGUCGCAGAGAAACUUCUACAAGCUCACGUCACGCCUCCUCUGAACGGCUGCACCUACUUGGGCCUGGACUCAGGCGCUCCACCCCUCCAGAUCUCGCUCUUCCUGGACGUGUUGAAGUGUCUUUGCUCGGAUCAGACUGAGGAGCAGUUUGUGGGCCAGAACAAGAAGGUCUGCACUUCUGCUGGCGAGCCACAGGGAGUUGCGGUGAGGAGCGGCAGGCUUGAGCUGUGGAGGAUCCUGAGAGGGACGCCGCUCAGCAUGGUGUACGUUCCAGGUGGUCGCUAUGAUUACAUGUGUCUGUCCGGGAAACGACAUGUCAACCGGCUGACCUGUGACUGGACACAUGGACACGCCCUCUCCCACAUCCAGUUGGACAGUAGCGUGAGCAAGGGAGGGCGAGUAAUCAACAGUGUUUUGGAGGGAGAUGUUGCCCUGGAGACAGGGGCAGUGGUGCAACACUGCCAUCUGCAGGGUCCUCUGCGCAUCCUGUCUGGUUGUUUAUUAUCAGGUCUUGAGGAGUCCACGUCCACUUGGAUUAGACAACUGAUGCCAGUCAAUGACAUCAUCAUUCAGGGACAUCGCAUUGAACUCGGGGACUUGAAGUUGAAGGUCUACACAGUGAUGGGAGGACUGGACGACCUGGAGCUGUGCUGCAAUGAUGAUGGUUCCUCCUUCCUCAAUGUGAAAUGGAGUGUUUUCUUCAACAGGACAAGCGUACAGCCAGAGGACUUGUGGUUCCCAGGAAACCCGCGCUCCCUCCUCGAGGCUCGCCUCUUCCCGGUUCUGCACCCUCGAGGAGGGCUUGUCGACAUGGCGGGUGGCGUGGCCUGGCUCCUGGGCGGAGAGGGCUGCGUGCACAGGUGGAGGGAGGCGUGGAGGCUUUCAUUGAAGGAGGUGCUGUCACUCACCCACCAGGAGGCGGAGCUCCAGUGGAGGGAGCAAUUGCUCUUCCUGGCGGGAAGGAGGCAGGUGACGGACGCCCUGACCAGUCGCAGUGACGCCUGCCUGCUGCCUUGCUUCAGGGCGGCCGUGCUGGGUGGGCAGCAGGGGGCGCUGUUGGACACGCUGGACAACAUUGCAGCAGGAAGAACUGAACAGGGCGCGGACGCAGGGGCCCAGCUGGGUGUGGCAGCUCGUUGCCUCUCCUGCAUUGCUGAUGUGCUGGUGUGCAUGGCCGAAGGUACAGCGGGGCUCAGGAGCGGGCCAGCGGCUAAUAAGGCCUGGAGCUCCGCCUACUUCCUGCUGGAAAACGGUGAUCUAAGGGGCGGCGUUAAGGCUCUGGCUGCACAGAGAGCUCAGUGGCUCAGCAGGCCGGACCUGCUGGUGCGGGCCGCACGUCACUAUGAAGGUGCAGCCCAGGUGCUGCUGCGUCAGGCUGUGAUGUCAUCACAGAAGUUCAUCUCCAUUGGCCAGAGUGAAGUCCUACCUAUUGAUCUGUGGCACGAAGUGGAGUGUCCAGCCCGACUGGACCUUGCUGGCGGCUGGAGCGACACUCCCCCCAUCGCUUUUGAGCAUGGUGGUUCGGUGACCAAUGUGGCUGUGAAGGUUGAUGGCAGGCGUCCGAUUGGAGCCCGGGCGCGUCGCAUCAGAGAACCUCGCCUCCUGCUGGUCAGCCACACUGGGGGGCGGGACUCUGGUGUUUCCACUGAGACUGUGUGCGCAAGCCUUGAUGACCUGAAGGACUACUGUCAGCCGCAUGCACCCGGAGCGCUGCUGAAGGCCGUGUGCGUGUGCAGCCGUCUGGUGUCGCUACCCUCCCAGCAUCCUCUGGGGCAUCAGCUGCUUCAGCGGUGGGGUGGAGGGGUGGAGCUUCACAGCUGGUCAGCGCUGCCCACCGGUUCGGGACUCGGUACCAGCAGCAUCCUGGCAGGGGCACUGUUGGCCGCCAUAUACAGAUGCACAGGUCAAACAUAUGACAGCGAUGCGCUCAUCCAUGGCGUCUUGCACCUGGAGCAAGUCCUCACUACAGGCGGGGGCUGGCAGGACCAGGUGGGAGGUCUUGUAGGAGGACUGAAAGUCGGCCGGUCCAAACCCAAUCUGCCACUUCAUGUGCACGUUGAGAGUCUAUGCCCCCCAGAAGACUUCCUGCUGUCUCUGGAGCAGCGGCUCCUGCUGGUGUACACUGGAAAAACUAGGCUGGCUCGCAACCUGCUGCAGGACGUGGUGCGCAGCUGGUACAGUCGUCUUCCUGCGAUGGUCCACAACGCUCAGCAGCUGGUGUCCAACUCAGAGGAAUGUGCCCAAGCUUGCUUAGAUGGUUCCUUGUCAAAACUGGGUUGCUGCUUGGACCGUUCAUGGCACCACAAAAAGCUGAUGGCGCCUGGCUGUGAACCGGCAUCAGUUCGUGUCAUGAUGGACGCCCUGCGCCCGUUGGUCAUGGGUCAGAGCCUGGUUGGCGCAGGGGGUGGCGGCUUCCUCUGCCUGUUGACCCGCCAGCCUAGACAACAGCAGGCAGUGCUUCAGGUCCUCAACAACACACCGGGUCUGGGAAACUUCAGUGUUCAUACAGUGGAGCUGGACAUGGAUGGUAUCACAGUACUAACAUCCUCCUGAACACUCACACACAUCUUGACACACAGUUAAGUGGGGCGAAGCAGUUAUAGGCUGUUUUUUUUUUGGUUUGUGGGCAGAGUUAAUGUAAUCUAAUGACAAUGUAAUCUAGUAAUUUUGUUAUAUACAGUAAUUUUGUUAUAUAAUUAGUAAUGGAAUUGUAAUAAUAAAAAAUGUGACAAUAAUGUGGUUAUUUUGCGUUAGUCAACAUGAGGCUGGACCAUGGUGAUGAUGUAACCACCUAGGGUGGCCAGUCUCUCAAGAAGCUUUCAUUUGCCAGCGACCACAGACAGUUGGUCCCGGAUACGUCCUAGUCCAUCCAGCAUGGUGUCCACGGUCUCUCUGCUCAGCUCCACUGUUUCCACGGUAACAGACUGACUUCCCUCGGAAGAACACGGAUUCUCUGUCUGUGAAACAGCACACCAAAUCAUGAAGCAUGCGUCGUUCACAUGACCAAUGUGGAGGGCACAUUUGCAGACACCUUGAACUGGACCAGGCAAGUCGGGAUGCACAUGCGGCUGACAGAAUCCGAGCUUGUCACCAUGUCGACCCUCCAGUCCAGUUGUUUGAGCUGAGGGAGUGAGACUAUACACACACAAUUGAAGUGCACAACAGUUCAUGAUGAUGAUGAUGACAAAGCCAACUCACUCUGAUUGCUGACAGCUUCUGUUUUCCAUGCCGCACUGAAACGCAUCACAUAGACAUGCGUGACAUCACUUCAGGUCAAAAGAAAAGAAGAGGAGCCUGACGGCGCUGACCUGUUCUCCAGAAGGAUCUUUGUAAGCAGGUUCUUCAGGCUGGAGUGGAAUGACUCAGGGAAAAGAUGGAGGAUCUGUUCGGGGGAGCUCAGGUUGUGGAAGACCACGUGUUGCGAGAGGACGUGGAGGGACUGGACCAACUGGAUGACAGACACACACACUGACUAUAUAACUUUCACUU